AAGGGUUGAGACAAUGCGUGAUGCGGUACUAUAAUAAAACAAAACAAUAUUGGGUUGAUUGCAUCAAAUCAAAAAUAUUUAUACGUGAAAGUUUGUUUACUUUUGAAGUUACCGCCCAUUUAAACCCAAAGGGUAUCGCGAGAUUGAGAAAGUGAGCAUGCAACUGCACGCAAAGUGUCAGUUGCAGGGAUCCUACUAUAGUCAUUUAAUGGCUAAAGUGGAGAUCGCCCCUCUGAGAGCCUUGGAUGAUUUCUGUCCAAGCUCAGAGCGCUUUGCCAAACCAGAUACACGAGAUUUGGCAAAAUGGAACAACAGAGUGGUCAGCAACCUCCUGUACUAUCAAACAAAUUAUCUGGUGAUGGCAAUCAUUGUUUUCUUGAUCGUAGGGUUCAUGAACCCUGUGAGAAUGUUCACAGGUGCCGCAGUCGUUGCUUCAGUUUUCAUUAGCUCCGUAUGGGCCGGAGAGAACAAGGCCAUGAUCAAGAAGUUCAAAAAGGAGAACCCAACCUUGUUUGUUUUCCUGGUCAUGGUUGUGAGUUUCCUCCUGAUGUCACUCUUUGGUGGAGUCAUGGUACUGCUGUUGGGAAUCAAGCUGCCACUUCUCUUGAUCUUUGCGCAUGCAUCACUUCGACUGCGCAACAUAAAAAACAAACUGGAGAAUAAGAUGGAGAAUGCGGGACUCAAGAAAUCACCCAUGGGCAUCAUACUUGAAGCACUGGGCCAACAAGAAGAGAAUCUCGGUAAAAUUCAAGGCUUUCUAGAGAGCAAACUCAAUCAAUAAAGAUUGCCUUUCUGAGGUUGUCAAAGAAAUGAAGGAACUUUUACACUCGCUAUUUUCCAAAAUAUAUUUUGAGCUUGAUUGGCAAAACAAACAGUAUUUUUCUCAAUGUAUUUUUUGUAAUAGAUUGUGCAUAAAAAUAUUUUCCAAUGUUUUACAAUGUUAUGAAACAUAUUUGUUUACAUCUCAAGUCUUGUAGCCAAUACAUCUAACUUGGUGGAUACUACUCAAAAUAUAAUUCUGCACAUUGAAAAAAAAAUUGAUUUUGGUUUAGGUGUUGCACUACCUCAUAAGUGAUAAUUUUUUAUUUCGAAUGUAGAAGAACAUGGUGUCAUGCGUGUAAGUUUCAAGUGUUAUGUUAGUAUUCUUCUGUACAUUUAUCAAAUCCAAGUUAGCAGGAAUUCAAACUUAUAAGAUGUGAAAAAGGUGAGAAAGUCAUAGCAGGUGCUCCAGAUGUAUAUUUUCAGUAUGUAUGUAAAGCUUUUUUUUUUUUUUUUUUUUAAGUGUUCAAGCUUAAAAUAGCCCUUUCAAGUGAUUUUAAUAAGGAAAAUGUAGAAAAGUUUACCAAAUAAUUUGGGCGAAUUAGCUUCAGAAAAGGUGAGUAGCUUGCAUCCCUGAAUAUGACAAAAAAUGUAAACAGUUUUGCAGAUCACAGAGUGAUUCUACCAAAGAAAGAGUUUACAUUAUGCUGAGUUUAAUUUUCCCUGAUUUCAAUGGAAUUUGGAUGGCUUUGUUGCAGACAGACAAUAAAUCUUCAGGUAUUACUUAGGCAUCAGAAAUGUCAACAAUGCUCAUUGUAAUCUGAACAGUCUAUAUCAUGGUUAUAUUACCUUGAGGUCAAAUAACCCUCACAACACUCUAAACAAUGCUGGGUGAAAAAUAACCCAAAUUGGGUUGUUUUUAGUCGUCGUUUAAAUAUGGGACAGAACACACGUUGGGCUAAACUAACCCAGCAAGUUGGGUUGUUCAUUUUAACCCAGAAAAUAGGUUAUUUAUUCAACUCAAAUGAAGGUUCAUUUUUACAGGAAUGCUGGGUUAAUUUGAUCUCAUAAGUGGGUUAAUAUUUUCAGAUUGUUUUAUCCUUUAAAAAUAUUGUAAAAUAAACCAUACAAUAAACAAACAUGUAAAAAUGGUAGUUCCUUUAUUUUUGGAUGAAUAUACAUUCAGUAAGUACAUUUUAAACUAUUUUACAAACGUUUCAAUAAACAGCAUGUAGAACAAUAAAGUAACAUUUAUAAUUAAUGUUAAAUACUCUAGGCAUUAAAAACAUUAAACACCCAUUGUAUUAUUAAAGGGAUAGUUUAAAAAUGAAAAAUCUCUCAUUUACUCACCCUCAACCCAGAUGUGUAUACCUUUUUAGUGCUUCUAAAAUUAUUUGUUUUUGUUCAGAAUAUCUCAGCUCUGUUGGACCAUUAUAUGCAAGUGAAUAGUGGCCAGAACUUUGAAGCUUUACAAAGUACAUAAGAGCAGCAUGAAAGUAAUCCAUAAGACUCCAGUUGUUAUAUCCAUGUCUUCAAAAGUAAUAUGAUAGAUGUGGGUGAGAAACAGAUCAAUAUUUAGGUCCUUCUUACGCUAAAUCUCCACUUUCACAAAUGAAAGAAAAUCUAAACAGGUGCCACAUGUGACUUUUAGAUGUGAAAGUGAAGAUUUAUAGUAAAAAAAAAUAAAUAAAAAAAAAGAACUUAAAUGAUGUUUCUCACUUUCACAGUCGUUUAACCACUGGAACCAUAUGGAUUAUUUUUAUUCUGCAUUUAUGUGCUGUUUGGAGCUUCAAAGUUUUGAUCACCAUUCAGUUGCAUUAUAUGGACCUACAGAGCUGAAAUAUUCUUCUAAAAAUCUUCAUUUGUGUUCUGCAGAAGAAAUGUAAGUCAUGCACAUCUGGGAUGGCAUGAAGGUGAGUAAAUGAUGAGAGUAUUUUCAUUUUAGGGUGAACUAUCCCUUUAAAUUCAAGUCAGGUCAUUUUUAUUUGUGUAGCACUUUUCACAACACACAUCGUUUCAAAGCAGAUUAAAAGAAAAUCAUGCAUUAACAGAAAAUGAAACUAAUAGUUAUAAAAUCUUAAUCAUCAUUGUGUAGUUUAAAUAUGAUUGUAAAUUGUGUAUAAAAAUAAAUAAUUAAAUCAUAAUUGUAUUUAGAUCCCCAGUGAGCAAGCUAUAAAAAAAUGUUGGUUAAUGGAGGAAAAUAACCGUGGGAGAAACCAGGCUCACUGUGGGAGCCAGUUGCCCUCUGGCUAACCAGCAUGAAUAUAAUGUCAAUAUUAGUUAUUUAUGUGCAGUGCAGGUCAUGGUUUAAAAUUAGUAAACUAAGUAAGUGUUAAGGGCCAGUGUUUAUACAAAGAUUUUGUAUGAACUGUAAGAUUAUUGACUAAUGUCUUUGAAGUUCAGCCUGGAUUAAUUGCAGAAGUUCACAUAGAUGCAUUGUUCUUUGUUAGUUGGCUGAUGGAGGCUUUUGUUGGCAAAUAAUUGAAAGUUUAUGUAUUCCAUUUUAAGAGUGUAGUCCAUCAUUAGACCAUUGUGAUGCAGGCAGAGAUCAGUGAGGUGCAUCGCAUUUCAACCAGCAGGUAAUUUCAAUGAUGUCUACCUUACAUCCAAGGUUCAGGCAGUGGCAUAUGAAGUAUCCCAUGUCUUAUGGUUGGACUGAAGUGAUGUCUGGCUGGCACCGGCUGCGUUUAGUCAUCAUCAUUCAGAGACACAUAGCAGUGGAGUCCAACACCAAGCAGGAACGUUGGUGGAUCUGGCCGGCUCUGGUAACCUCGGGAUAUGAAUCCCGAGGUUGAGACAGGGAAACAAAUAGAAUAAUAUUAGCGUAGCUGACAUUCAAUGUUUUGCAGAGUUAAUAAAGCAUGAUAAAUAUUUCUGGUUCCGGCAGACCUAACUAAAGCAGCCUAAUUGUGAGUUGAUAGAUACAUUAGGUGUAUGCCUGGCUAAACAGAUGAGUCUUUAGUCUAGGCUUAAACUGAGUGAGUGUGUCUGCAUCCUGAACUGUGCGAGGAGUUAAUAUUAAGAAGAGGUUCUGAGAUAACUGGGAAUAUCUCUUUUAAGAGCUUAGUUGGUAUUGUAUCUUAACAUACAUGUUGUGUCUUUUGAUGUUUCAAUAAGUCUCCAUGUGAUAUCUAGGUGAUACAGUCUCUAUGUGUUGUUGUUUAUGUGACCUGUGUGAUGUCUCGAGGCAGCUAGCAGACGUUCGGAUUAGCCAGUUUGUCUGCUUCCUGACCUGGGCCCCAGUUAGUCAAAUACUAUCAAUAUUAGGACUAUGAGCCAAAUUAUUAGAGAGGAGAGCGGAACCUUCCCUGGAGGGAUGGAGUCCGUCUCUAUUUAGCAGGUCAGCUCUACCCCAAAAACUCUUCCAAUUGUCUCUAAAUCCUGUGCUAUUCUCAGACAUCCAGCCGUUCAGUGACACUAAUCUACUAUAAACCUCGUCACCGCAACGAGCAGGGAGGGGGCCAGAGCAUAUUACAGUGUCUGACAAUUUUUGCAAGUUCACACACCUCUCUAACAAUAUCUUUAAUGAUCUCAGACUGGCAAAGCCGGACAUCAUUAGUGCCAACAUGAAUAACUUAACUAUUUUAGAAAAUCUACGUAUAGCAGUAGCCAGCACUUGUAAAUUUGAUCUGAUGUCAGACACUCUGGCACUGGAAAUGCAUUUAACAAUGGUGGCUGGAGUCUCUAUUUCCACUGAUUCUCAGUGGGUGCAUCACUGAGUGAGGAGAAUCGAUUGGAAACACUAACAGGAAAGGGAGAGUGGUGUCGCUCUGCUGAGCAAGUAUGCCGCCGAGACGUCACAGAAACGCCCUGCUGCAGGGGCUCUACAGCCGGAACCAAAGUGUGUGUGUAGCACGCUGUACUACCCGCAUCCAAAACAGUAUCUGCAGGCAUCUCUUUCUCACUGACCUCCACAAGCGUUCGGGUGUCUCUAACUCAUUAACCUUCUCCAUCAGCAUGACUAAUUCCUUACAUUUAUCACAUGUAAACCACUCACUGCUGACGAAGCUAUAGUAAACAUGUGGCAUGCAAUGCAGGAAGCAAUAAUAUGAGUGGAUGCCAUGACUUACCGCAAUUGUUUGUUGUUGUUGUUAUGGUUGUUCUUGAGUGCCGAGGGUUUGAGAUCGAUGUGAAUCCCUCACGCAAUUGUUUGCUGUUGUUGUGUUAGUUCCUGAUCAGCAGAUGUUUGAGAUUGAUGCAAUAAUCUGUGUAAAACACAGAGAAAACAAAUGGACGCAGUCGAAAUGCGAGAUGUAGACAAGUGGAAGAAAAGAAAAGAAAAUGGGUGCGUGUGGUAAUAUACACGCAGAUGAAACAGUAGAAAAGCGGGAAUAGAACGAAGCACGUGGUAAAAUAAAAUGAUGAGCGUAGAGGAAUAAGCAAUGUUAAGUAGGCUAGCAAGCUACAAACAAACAGACUCGAACAGGAUGUCGACACGCAAAUUAGCCAACUCAGCAUCCAUUUUAAAGGAUUUCUGGGCUUAAAGCUGUCUCCAUCUUCCAAAGGCAUCUCCAGUAUUUAUCCUUGUUUUACUACACCUCUGGUCAUGGUGGUUUUUAGACAGAUGGCGAGGCUUUUUAGGUCGGGUGGAACAUUAUCUCUGAUCCAGUUCGUUUGCUGGCUUCCAUGGCUGCAGCAAGCAGUGUUGUUUGUCAAAAUACUAUUGGUGUGUGGGCAGUGGGUGGGAUUACACAGGCCAAAACAUAAACAGAAAUUCCGGCCCGGAAUGGAAACUUCAAAGUAGAAUAUACUGGCUGUAGCACUGUUAUUGGAGAAGCCAGUAUUUCAACUUAGCAUGUUUCCUAAUUCUCUAAUGACAUAUUAUGGUCAUUUUAUGAUUUAGUACAGUAAAAAUAUUACAUAUAGCACCUUUAACGAAUUUCCUGUUUUGUGUUAAAGCGACACUGAAAAUUUUAGUACUGCUCUCCGGAUUUCAAUUUAUCUAAACUAUGUUUUCAGAAAGGUAAUUGCAUUAAAUGAAAUACAAAUACUAUAACGGUUCAUCUUUUCACCUCAAUUCAUAUAUUGUGUCGUGUUUUUUUUUUUUUUUUUUCAGAAUGAUUACAGCCAUUGAUUUGCUUCUGCUAUUGUAAGGAUACCACUCCAAGUAAAUAAAUUAUCCAACAACCAUAAGUAUUUUUGUUAUAUUCUUCUGUUUUCCUUUGUGAAGCUUUGAAACUGUGUCAUUGGAUAUUUUGUCACAAAUG